AUGGAUCUACGAAAAGCAUUACAAUCGUAUAUAACUGCUGUGAAAGUCAAGUGGUAUUUAGAUACUACAGAUAUCAUUACUGUUCCGACUAGACUAACACCUUUCUAUGCAAACGGCCGCUUGGUUGUUUACGCAUUAGUAGCUGGUUUAGCACUUAGACGAAGCAAAAUUCAGCCAAAUGCCGUAGUCAAAAUGAGUAAAAUAUUACACAGUAAAAAUAAUCCUACCACGGCAAGCGAUGAUACACGUAUAACACUAAUUCGCGAAUCGUCAAGCAUUGAACACCGUGUAAAAGUGCCAUUUCUUCUUAGUGAUACCUUAUUAACGAUUCUUCUUGGUAUUAUCGCUCUAUUAUUUAUUUUAAUUAUUAUCUUGACAAUUCUAUAUGCUCGACAAAAUGUGCUGCCAAUAAUCAAACAUACAUCUGCAGUGCACAGUACUAGCACAACAUCCAUCGAAGAUUUCACAUCUACGACACUUGUUUGGCCUCCACAAAUAAAACAAGAAGCUGCUUUUUCAAAAGCUGUGCACAUCGAAGAGGGUUUCAUCGCGGCUGCCGAUGAUUAA